UGCUGAAAGUACCGUUUUGCUAAGUUGUCACCUGGAUAUGUCAUGCAUAUAGUUACUUUGGUUAAUUAUGUAUACAUCCAUGAAAAUGUCCCGCAAUAUCGAGUAUCCGAUUGACCAGAGGGACACGAGCGAAAGUUACUCGAGAAAAAUUAUCUAAUUUGUAAAGAAAGACUGUAAAAACAUUGAAGAUGCCAUACCAACUAGGAAAAGAGAAUGGUCCUGACACCCUUCUUGAUAUGUGUGUCAGCUACUGCAUGAAUAAUAUGAGCAUCUUGGUGAAAGCUGCCGAGGAGUCUGGGCCAUGGGAUAGCUCAUUUCAGAGGUUGCAACCUGGCCUAAACUUUCCAACAACCAUCAGUGAUAAUUUGUUCAACUACCUGACACGAAAUGUUAGCGAGUCAUGGAAUGCACAGUGUCAAGACCUUAUACCUGUGUUCAGUGACAUAGAGAAAACACCACUCUCAAAAGUAGUGAUUCGACAACAGAUUGACCUUUCAGAGCCAGGGUCACAGUCCCUGUUCAAUCACCCCCUUAACCACUUAGAACUCACCUGUUGCAGUUUUUGUGAUGUUUUCAGUUAUGAAAUUUUCCAGUUGAUAAAAAAAUUAAGGAACUCUAUGAGAGCAUUAAAGUUAUGGGCCAAGCCUAACUGUUUGAGAUGUGGAAACAUGUCCACCACAGAGAGUGUAAAUAAACUAACAAAGAUGCAGGAGUCGAGAGACAACAUGGCGCCAUUGAUAUCCAGUAACAUUGUAGACCUUCGUCUUCUCAGUGUACAGAAUUUUAAACAUAGAGAAUUUACUGAAUCACCGACAAUGUUGAAGUGUUUAGUGGAACCUCUACAGAACUUGUGUCAUCUAAAUUUGACUGGCUGUGGAAUCACAGAAAAUGAUUUGGAUUCUAUUGUUGCCUUGCCAAAAAUCACAUUUCUUGUAUUGUCCGGAAUUCAGUUUGACGAUAUACAUGAAGGAUUCGUGAAACUUGGGAAAGCUUCCAAAUUAAAACACCUAGAUAUCUCAUGUAGUUCCCAGGACCCUAAAAUCUACCCCAAUGCAGUGGUAAAUAUGUCUGCUUUACUCGAACUACUGUCUAAUCUCACAUCUCUAGACAUCUCAGGCACAAAUCUCGCAGGUGACAGGCUCAAAGAAAGUGUUUCACACAAACUGGAGACCAGCGGUCAGCAGGAAGGAAGCAUUGGCAUGUGUACCUCAGAGAAGAGUUGUAACAGUCUUAGUGGACGACACUUUGCUUUCCUGGGGCUGUGGAACUGUCCUGAUUUACCAUUUUCCUGGAAUGACACACCAGCAGACCAGUUCUCUGGCUGGGAGAACGAUGAUCAGAUAUUGUUCUCUGCCAGUGUGUACCUGGAGAAUGAGAAAAUGCUUACCCAUGUUCUCAACAAGCUGUUUGCAGGGCUUCGUGUUGGACCUCGCCCAAAUAAAAUACUUGAUGGAGUACCUACAAUGUUAAAGGCAAUACAGCUCCAUCCACUGUGCAGAGAAAUCCAAAGAUCUGCCAAUGCCUGCCUGUUCCUAAUGAUGAAUGGAAAGAGUCAGGCCAUACCACAAAGGACACGAACCUUCAUUGUAGAGACACUUGUGUCGUGUGUUAACCAGGUCAAAAAUGAUACCUAUACGGCCAAGUGCUGUGUGUGCAGUUUUUUAUGCCUGAAUAUGCCUCAUGAUGCGGUUUAUUGUCACCUGUUCAAGAGAUAUGUCAACUGCCUUCUUCGAAUCCUGAAUUCCUAUCAUGGCGAUUUCUUUGAAAUGUAUGCCUUGAAGCUUUUACACGAAACAUGCAGAACAGAGAGGCCGGAAAAAUCUAUAAUUGGCAGAGAAACAGAUACGUUGACGUACCUGUUGUCACUGAUUCGCCACAAGUUGGCCAAUUCCUGCUGUGAUGAUACCAUGGAGCGUGCCUGGAGCUGUUUAUGGAGUCUUACUGAUGACAUGCCAGAGAAUGCCAAGCGAUUUAUGGAGGAACCAUCAGCCAUGGAUAUCUACAUGUCAUGUAUACAGACCUUCGCCAAACAAGACGGGCUGUUGAAGAAGAUGACGGGAUUAAUGGCUAAUCUUUCUGAAGUUCCAGAGCUAAGAAAACAGUUGAUGAAUGAAGAACUGAUGAUGUUAUAUUGUAAUUUAAUGGACUCUGAGUUAGACAAGAAUGGUGUGAGCUACCAUGCAACAUCCGUCAUGUCCACGAUGGUCAUCGAUCCAUUAAGUACAUGGAUUAUCAGCCAACCUGAACGAAGUGUCGUAUUGAACAAAAUGGUGGAGACAGUUGACCGCUGGGACCUGGACUCCAAGAUGAAGAUAAAGUACAGAUCUCUGCGACCGAUCCUGGAGUUAGUGGUGGAAUACGAUACUCCAGAGGCACAACUCUGGGCAACCUGGGCACUUUGUAACCUGACUCGGUCUAAAGCUGACAGAUACUGCCCAAUGCUGGAACUUGAAGGUGGUCUCCCUUUGCUAGAACAAUUAGUUGAGGAUAGCCGUGUACUACCUAGAGCUGUGGAGCUUGGUGUUAUGACCCUACAGCAAUGUUCCACAUACAAAGCUUUAUUAACGGACAGCAAUGUAAAAGAGGAACUCAACUCAGGAGAAUGAAUAUCAACAUGUUUAGGACAUUGUAACUCAUUUCAGUGAAUGAAUUGACACAAAUUCCUGUAGCCACAUGCUGUUAAGGUCGGAAAUGGCCAUCAAUCCUUAUAAGGUAUAAUGUUAUAGACUUGCUUAAGCCGUUUGUUUAUUGAACCAUUUUGUGAUACUUUCUUCCCUAUAUCGGAAUAAUAAUAUUUAGAAGUUCACUAAUAUAUAGAUUUGAAACAAUACUUGAUUGAAGUGUAUUAUUGAAUUUCGUGUAAUUUCAUUUAUUUUUAACUCAUCUUUGCAAAAAUGACAAGUGAACUUAAGCAUUAGCGCGAGGUCUGUUGUCUAUUUUUCCAUCAGGUAUGAAUAGUUCUAGCGCAUGUUAUCAGGUUAUUGUACUUUUGAUUAAAUCCCUCUGUCAGCUUGCUUCUCCGUCUUUUAAAUACUUCAAGGGCAAACCAGGGGUAAAUUCCUUGAUUGGCCAUGGAAAGGUAAGAGGUCAGCUGCCAGAGAUUUCUAAGUUCAAGAGCUUCUUCCCACAGUAAGACAAUUGGGUCAAGGUCACAGUUACUUUUUUUAGAAAAUUUAUAUAAAAUAUUGCAGUGUAAUAGCUUGUGGAGGCUGGUAGGGGAUAAAUACUACUAGAGCAGUAGUCAGUAUACUUGUUUUAUCUGGUGGGCAAGUUAGGACUGUUUAUCAUGAAAAUCAUUUAAGUUAUCAUAAAAUAUUCAUCACAGGUAGUGUUGGGUUUUGUCCAUUUUAACUCGCUUAUUUGUAACAUUGUGAACUUGUGCGGUCAGUUCUGGUAGAAAUGACAAGGAUUUCUUGGAUCAUGGUACAAACUUGAAAAUACCAGGAGAUGAAGCGUUAAUUGAUUUAUCAUGAUAAAUUUGAGAGGAAGGGACACAUUUUAGGUGUUGACCUUCUCACCAUUUUCCCUAUAUUAAUUUUACAUUCAUCUGCAGUAAAGGUCACAGGUAAGACAUCUACACACAGGUAGUACAUUGAUUUCAGAAACAGUCAAACUUAUUUUAAUGGUGUUUUUACAACUGACAGUUGUAAUAUAUUGUUUAAAAAUCUCUGGACAUUUUGAUGUUGUUUACAAAUUUCAUCAGUCUGGACUGUUUUAUAAAAACUGUACAUGUACAAAUCUCAUCAGUCUGGACUGUUUUAUAGAAACUGUACAUGUACAAAUCUCAUCAGUCUGGACUGUUUUAUAGAAACUGUACAAUUACAAAUCUCAUCAGUCUGGACUGUUUUAUAGAAACUGUACAUGUACAAAUCUCAUCAGUCUGGACUGUUUUAUAGAAAUUGUACAUGUACAAAUCUCAUCAGUCAGGACUGUUUUAUAGAAACUGUACAUGUACAAAUCUCAUCAGUCUGGACUGUUUAUAUAGAAACUGUACAAUUACAAAUCUCAUCAGUCUGGACUGUUUAAUAGAACUGUACAUGUACAAAUCUCAUCAGUCUGGACUGUUUUAUAGAAACUGUACAUGUACAAAUCUCAUCAGUCUGGACUGUUUUAUAGAAACUGUACAUGUACAAAUCUCAUCAGUCUGGACUGUUUUAUAGAAACUGUACAUGUACAAAUCUCAUCAGUCUGGACUGUUUAUAUAGAAACUGUACAAUUACAAAUCUCAUCAGUCUGGUCUGUUUUAUAGAAACUGUACAUGUACAAAUCUCAUCAGUCUGGACUGUUUUAUAGAAACUGUACAUGUACAAAUCUCAUCAGUCUGGACUGUUUUAUAGAAACUGUACAUGUACAAAUCUCAUCAGUCUGGACUGUUUUAUAGAAACUGUACAUGUACAAAUCUCAUCAGUCUGGACUGUUUUAUAGAAACUGUACAUGUACAAAUCUCAUCAGUCUGGACUGUUUAUAUAGAAACUGUACAUGUACAAAUCUCAUCAGUCUGGUCUGUUUUAUAGAAACUGUACAUGUACAAAUCUCAUCAGUCUGGUCUGUUUUAUAGAAACUGUACAUGUACAAAUCUCAUCAGUCUGUACUGUUUUAUAGAAACUGUACAUGUACAAAUCUCAUCAGUCUGGACUGUUUUAUAGAAACUGUACAUGUACAAAUCUCAUCAGUCUGGACUGUUUUAUAGAAACUGUACAUGUACAAAUCUCAUCAGUCUGGACUGUUUUAUAGAAACUGUACAUGUACAAAUCUCAUCAGUCUGGACUGUUUAUAUAGAAACUGUACAUGUACAAAUCUCAUCAGUCUGGACUGUUUUAUAGAACUGUACAUGUACAAAUCUCAUCAGUCUGGACUGUUUAUAUAGAAACUGUACAUGUACAAAUCUCAUCAGUCUGGAGAGUUUUAUAGAACUGUACAUGUACAAAUCUCAUCAGUCUGGACUGUUUUAUAGAACUGUACAUGUACAAGUCUCAUGAGUCUGGAGAGUUUUUAUGGAAAUUGUAUUUACACCUGUGAAUGGAUUUUUCUGUUAAAUAUUUUGUUUUAUAUAAAAAGUUGAGAUAAAAAGGAAGAUUUUGAUUAAUAAAUCAUGAGAACAUG